AUGUCCGWCUACAAGGAAAUUAUCGAUGCCAUCUUCACAGACCUCAAGGCGCGCAGCGAGGUCGUCCGUCAAAAUGCUGCCGCCCGGCUGCUGGACAAUGUCAAUACCGCCUACCGGGAGCUGUCGCAGAGUCCGUUCCAGACGUACUAUGCCGAUGUGAACAGUCGCAUGGUGAACAUGAUCCUGGGCGGCAACGACACCCACGAACGAACCGGCGGACUCUACGCUCUCAACGCUCUGAUCGAUUUCAAGGGCGACGAUGCCGCGCAAAAGGUACCCAAGUUCAGCAAUUACAUCAAGCGGACACUCGAGGGAAAUGACACGAGCGCCAUGGUGGUUGCGGCCAAGUGCCUGGGGCGACUCGCAACGCCUGGAGGUGCUCUGACGGCCGAGCUGGUUGAAGCAGAGGUCAAACGCGCUUUGGAGUGGCUCACAUCCGAGAGGACGGAGAAUCGACGCUUCGCUGCGGUCCUUAUAUUGCGGGAGUUGGCCAGGAAUAGCUCGACUUUGCUGUACAUGUACAUUCCGGGAAUUCUGUCCAGCAUAUGGGAAGGCUUGCGCGAUCAAAAAGUAGUGAUACGCGAGACGGCAGCCGAGGUGGUGUCGCAGUGCUUCAAGAUCCUCUCCGCCCGCGAUCCACAGCAACGAUCCACAUGUCUCACACGUAUGUUUGAGGGUGCCCAGGAUGGUUUUAAGCGUGGCACCGUGGAGUGCAUCCACGGCUCUUUGCUAGUCUACAAGGACCUGCUGAUCCAAGGCGGCAUGUUUAUGCACGGCUCAAAGUACAAGGACGCUUCCGACCGGGUUCUGCUCCAGCAGUAUCGCGAGCACAGAGAUCCGACAAUCAGACGGACGGUCGUGGAGAUCAUCCCUUUAAUCGCCGCAUAUGCGCCCAAAGAGUUUUGCAACCUCUAUCUUGCCCGCUCGAUGCAGCAUCUUCAGACUCUGCUCAAGGAUCCCAAACAACGGAAUAUGGCAUUUGUGGCAAUCGGCAAGGUUGCACAUGCUGUCACCUCUGCCAUCGCACCCUACCUUGACACGAUCCUACUUCACAUCAGAGACGCCCUCUCUGUCAAGAACCGAACGAAGCACUCCGACGAGGCUCCAAUUUUUGAGUGCAUCAGCAUGAUGGCAAUCGCUGUUGGUCAGACUUUGAGCAAGUACAUGGAAGCGCUCUUGGAUCCCAUCUUUGCAUGUGGACUUUCAGACUCCCUAACCCAAGCCCUGGUCGACAUGGCUCAUUACAUCCCACCCGUCAAKUCCACCAUACAGGAGAAAUUGUUGGAUCUCCUCAGCAGAACGCUCUGUGGCCAACCUUUCCAAACUCUGGGCCAUCCUACGCAAGGUAAAGGCCUCCCUCCCAUCUUUAACAAAGACUACCGCGACCAAAGAGAUCCUCAGCAUCAAGAUCACCAGGACCAAGAAAUCGCGCUUGCCCUUGUAACGUUAGGUUCAUUCGAUUUCAGUGGCCAUGUGCUCAACGAAUUCGUUCGAGAUGUGGCCAUUCGCUAUGUUGACGAUGACGAUCCAACAAUAAGGAAGGCCGCCGCAUUGACUUGCUGCCAGCUGUUUGUCAAGGACCCGAUUGUGCACCAGACAAGCCACCAUGCCAUCCAAGUAGUUUCCGACGUGAUUGAAAAACUGCUCAGCGUCGGCGUCUCAGACAUCCAAUCAGACAUACGACAGACAGUCCUGGUGUCGUUGGAUGCACGGUUCGACCGUCACCUGGCAAAAGCCGAGAACGUGCGCAUUCUAUUUCUCGCCCUGWACGACGAGAAAUUUCCCAUCCGAGAAGCUGCCAUGACUAUCAUUGGUAGGCUGACCUCAGUCAAUCCCGCAUACGUCUUUCCAUCGCUUCGCAAAGUGUUGAUCCAACUUCUUACUGAGAUCGAAUACUCAAACAGCCCCAACAACAAACGUGAGUCCGCUCAGCUAAUCAGCCAUUUGGUCAGCGCAAGCAGCAAGCUCAUCAAGCCAUACGUCGACCCCAUGGUGACAGUGCUCCUCCCUAAAACGGAAGACCCAAAUGCCGACGUUGCUGCUACAACAUUGCGAGCCCUUGGCGAUCUCGCGACUGUCGGUGGAGAUGAUAUGGUCAGGUACAUUCCCGAACUCAUGAAGAUCAUCAUCAGAAGUCUGCAAGAUCUUGGUUCUCCUAAGAAGCGAGAGGCUGCUUUGUGUACUCUUGGCCAGCUUGCCAGCAACAGUGGCUAUGUCAUUGAUCCAUACACUGAUCACCCCGAGCUGCUGACGAUCUUGGUCAAUAUUGUCAAGAAUGAAGCACCGGGCGACCUUCGAAGGGAGACGAUACGAUUGAUGGGUAUCCUUGGUGCGCUCGACCCAUACAAGCAUCAACAAGUCGUAGAAGAGUCUCCCGAUUCAAACCUUCGGGCGGAAGCGGAGGCCGAGUCAGAUGUCACUCUUAUCAUGAGAGGGCUGACCCCUAGCAACGAGGACUACUACCCCACGGUCGUCAUCAACACUCUGAUGAGCAUGCUGAAGGAAGACACUCUAAAGCAAUAUCAUUCCAGCGUUGUGGAAGCGGUGAUGAACAUCUAUCAAACCAUGGGAAUGAAGUGCGUGCCCUUUUUGGGUACUGUUGUCCCCGGGAUCGUUGGCGUUCUGAAGGAUGCAACAUCCGAGAAUCGCCUCGAGGGAUACUUCAACCAGUUGAGCAUGCUCGUCAAGAUUGUACGGCAACACAUUCGACCACAUCUACCCGUCAUCCUCGAAGCGAUCAGCGAUCACUGGUACAAGAGCAAUCAGCUUCAAGCCACCAUUCUUGCCCUCGUUGAGAGUAUUUCCAGGAGUUUGGAAGGCGAAUUCAAGGUCUACUUGGCUAGCGUUCUCCCGCUCAUGCUCGGCGUUCUCGACGCAGACAACCGAACUGAUAGCGGGCGCGCAGCAUGUCAACGGGUGCUGCACGCUUUCCUCGUAUUUGGUCAGAGCGCGGAGGAGUACAUGCACCUCAUAAUCCCGGUCAUCGUGCGAAUGUUUGACACAUCAGAUGGACGCUACCGACACCGAGACGUGCGGAAGUCAGCCAUUGAAACAAUUGGAAAGCUGAGUCGGAAAGUGAACAUCUCCGAAUUCGCGACCAAAAUCAUCCACCCACUUGCUCGCGUACUGCAAGGCACAGACACUCUGCUGAAAGUACCCGCGAUAGAGUGUUUGUGUGCACUCAUGUACCAGAUGGGCCAAGAGUACACACACUUCAUUCCAAUGAUCGACAAGGUGAUGGUGCAAAACAGAAUCAACCACUCGCACUACCAGUCUAUCAUUCAGAAACUUUACAAGCGUGAAGCCCUGCCGCAAGAUCUGACAGAUGACAAGUUGCUAGAAGAUAUUGAAGAUUUGACUGUUCCGGACAUUCAGACCAAGAAGCUUGCAGUCAACCAACAGCAUUUGAAGAACGCCUGGGAGGCAAACCAGAAAUCUACGAGAGAGGAUUGGCAGRAGUGGAUGCGGAGGUUCUCUGUCGAGCUGCUACGAGAAAGCCCACAGCAAGCGCUCAGGGCCUGUACCAAUCUCGCAGGAGUCUACGCACCUCUUGCUCGCAGUCUUUUUAAUAGUGCUUUUGUCAGCUGCUGGACGGAGCUCUACGAUCAAUAUCAAGAGGAGCUAGUACGUUCCAUCGAGGUCGCCUUGACAAGUCCAAACAUUCCUCCGGAGAUUUUGCAAAUACUCCUCAACCUGGCCGAAUUCAUGGAGCACGAUGAUAAAGCACUGCCGAUUGACGUGCGCACACUGGGCAUGUACGCUGGAAAAUGCCACGCUUUUGCGAAAGCAUUACACUACAAAGAGCUGGAAUUCAACGCUGAGCAGAACGCAAGUGCUGUCGAAGCUUUGAUUUCUAUCAACAACCAACUGCAACAGACGGACGCAGCUUUCGGCAUCCUUAGAAAGGCCCAAGGAUAUCAAGACGUCGAUCUCAAGGAGACGUGGUUCGAAAAACUGCAACGGUGGGAAGAGGCACUUCUCGCAUAUCAGGCACGCGAGGAAGCUGAGGGAGGUCCUCAGAAGGCCUCAUUUGAGGUUGUCAUGGGCAAGAUGAGAUGUUUGCACGCUCUCGGUGAAUGGGAUACACUUUCCGCCAUAGCGCAGGACAAGUGGAUGAUUGCGUCAAGCGAGAACAAACGACACAUCGCACCCCUAGCUGCAGCUGCGGCCUGGGGUAUGGGGCAAUGGGACAUCAUGGACGACUACCUUGGUGCCAUGAAGCAGCACACUCCAGAUCGAAGCUUCUUUGGUGCCAUUCUGUCCAUCCACCGGAACCACUUCGAGGAGGCGCAUGCACACAUUGCCAGAGCGCGAGAUGGCCUCGAUACGGAGCUUAGUGCCUUACUGGGGGAGAGCUACACCCGUGCAUACUCUGUCAUUGUCCGCGUACAGAUGCUGGCGGAGCUGGAAGAGAUCAUCACCUACAAGCAGCACAUGAACGAUCCCGAGAAGCAGGAACGCAUGCGUGCAACCUGGACCAAGAGAUUAAAGGGUUGUCAGCGCCAGGUGGAUGUCUGGCAACGCAUGCUCAAGGUCCGGGCUCUUGUGAUAACACCACAGGAGAACGAAGACAUGUACAUCAAGUUCGCUUCAAUCUGCCGCAAGGCCCAGAGAGGCGGUCUGGCGGAGAAGAGUCUUAACAGCUUGCUGGGAAGCCAGGCCUGUAUAGGCAACUUACAAACAGGACCAGAGGGCUGGGAGCGGAUCAAGAGGGCUCCAUACCAGGUGCAGUAUGCCACUUACAAGUUCCUGUGGAGCAACGAUCAGCACGAUGUCGCUCUCCAAGCGCUCAGAGAAUUCACACUACGAUUACGGGAGGAUUACGAAGACACCAAUACAGCUGCACUCGCCAUUGCUGGCCCAGCUGUCAACGGCGCACAUGUGUCGCUCCUCAACGGCACGAACGGAGUCAACGGCAUCAACGGAGCCAAUGGAAUCCACAGCAGUGGUCCGUUUGGAUCUGCUCACUCGCAUCACAUCUCCGCAAAGGAGAGAGCUGAGCUUGAUGAGUGGAGAAUCUUGCUCGCCCGAUGCUAUCUGAAACAGGGUGACUGGCAAGUUCAGCUGCACAAUGGCGACUGGCAGUCCGAGUCCGUCCAAGACGUCCUACAAUCAUAUUACUCAGCCACCAGAUACAACGAGAACUGGUGCAAGGCAUGGCAUGCAUGGGCGCUCGCGAACUUCGAAGUCGUCACGUCCCUCACAUCGGGGGACCGCGAGGCAGCAGACGUUCCACAUUACAUUGUCUCGGAGCAUGUGGUCCCAGCUAUCAAGGGAUUCUUCAAGAGCAUUGCGCUUUCUUCGUCCAGCUCGCUGCAGGAUACGCUGCGAUUGUUGACCAUGUGGUUCGCCCAUGGCUCGCACCAAGAAGUUACUCACAGCGUCACCACAGGCAUAGCUUCGGUCAGCGUCGACACAUGGCUAGAGGUAAUUCCUCAGCUCAUUGCCCGAAUCAAUCAGCCGAACAGAUUGGUGCGUGAGGGAAUCCACAAUCUACUGGUCGAGAUUGGGCGCGCGCAUCCCCAAGCUCUGGUCUAUCCACUUACCGUCAGCAUGAAGAGUGACGUGGGUAAUCGCUCGCGAUCUGCCGCCAAGAUCAUGGAGGCCAUGAAGCAACAUUCCCCGAAGUUGGUAGAACAAGCGGGGCUGGUCAGCCACGAGCUCAUCCGCAUCGCUGUCUUAUGGCAUGAGCAAUGGCACGAGGGCCUGGAGGAGGCCAGUCGUCUAUACUUUGGUGAUCACAACAUUCAAGGCAUGCUGGCGACUCUUGAGCCUAUGCACGAGAUGCUCCGCAAAGGACCAGAAACUUUGCGUGAAAUUUCCUUCAUACAAUCAUUCGGCCGCGACCUCAACGAGGCUCGUGACUGGUGCGAGGCAUACAAAUCGACAAAGGAGAUUGGCGACCUUAAUCAGGCGUGGGAUCUGUACUACGGGGUUUUUAAGAGGAUUGCCCGGCAGCUUCCACAACUGAUGAGCCUCGAACUUCAAUAUGUCUCGCCGGAACUGAAGAAUGCACAUGAUCUUGAUCUUGCUGUGCCGGGCACAUAUAUCAGUGGGAAGCCAAUCAUUCGCAUCCAAGUCUUCGACCCUGUGGCCACGGUCAUCUCCUCCAAGCAGCGACCACGGAAGCUGGGUCUACGAGGUAGCGAUGGAGCCAAGUACGAUUUCAUGGUCAAGGGCCAUGAGGAUAUUCGACAAGAUGAGAGAGUCAUGCAGCUCUUUGGUCUGGUCAAUACUCUCCUUGCAACCGAUCCGGAAUGUCUCAAGCGUCACCUCAACAUUCAUCGAUAUGCUGCCAUUCCUCUGUCCACACAAGCCGGUCUCAUCGGAUGGGUGCCAAACUCGGAUACUCUGCACGUGUUGAUUAGAGAGUAUCGAGAAAGCCGCAAGAUUCUUCUCAACAUCGAGCAUCGUAUCAUGUUGCAGAUGGCACCGGAUUACGACAACUUGACUUUGAUGCAAAAGGUUGAAGUCUUCGGGUACGCCCUGGACAAUAYUACUGGCCAGGAUCUCUACCGCGUGCUUUGGCUCAAGAGCAAGUCGUCGGAAUCCUGGCUGGACAGACGAACGAAUUACACGCGCUCAUUGGGUGUCAUGUCUAUGGUCGGGUACAUCCUAGGAUUGGGGGAUCGCCAUCCCAGCAAUUUGAUGCUUGAUCGUAUCACUGGCAAGAUCGUGCACAUCGAUUUCGGAGACUGCUUCGAAGUCGCUAUGCAUCGUGAAAAGUAUCCUGAGCGCGUUCCCUUCCGAUUGACAAGAAUGUUGACCUUCGCCAUGGAAGUCAGCAAUAUCGAGGGUUCCUACCGCACGACUUGUGAACACGUCAUGCGACUACUGCGAAGCAACAAGGAGUCCCUGAUGGCAGUUCUCGAGGCAUUCAUUCACGAUCCACUCCUGACAUGGCGUCUGGGAACUCGCGAAGACCCGCCUCAAACCACAUUCCCAUCAGAACGCCGGGCCAGCAUCAUGGCGGAUGCAAACGGUAUAGAAGACGGUCCCGCAGCCGGACGUCGCGCUUCCGUCAUGGGUGGCGAUCCCAAUGCACCGCCCACAUCCGAGAGGCCACCAAACAGCUCUCUUCGUCCCCGAAAUCGCAGUAUCGUGCAGGGUAUCGAUCCCGCGGACAAGGAAGUACAGAAUGUGCGUGCGCUGCAGGUGUUAAGCAGGGUCAAGGAGAAGUUGACCGGCAGAGACUUCAAGAAGGAGACGGAGCUGAACGUCACGGAGCAGGUGGAGAGGUUGCUGAGUGAGGCGACGAAUUUGGAGAAUUUGUGUCAGCAUUAUAUUGGUUGGUGCAGCUUCUGGUAG